AUGGCAGAAGCAGUAGUCCAACUUCGGUGCGGUGUCAAGAACGACGGCUGGGGAAAGCAAGGAAAAGAAUCGGUUGCAGCCCAGCUGUGGUCUAAAACACCAAACAAUGGACCAAUUGACGACUCACAGCAUUAUUCGGAAAUGUGGAUGGGUACGUACCCUUCGAACCCAUCCUACUUGCUUUCCACGGGAGAGCACCUCGGCGAGUAUCUGAAGAAGCACCCCGAGCUAGUGGGCAAGUCCGUCCACGACCGAUGGGGUCCGGAGAUCCCAUUUCUACCAAAGGCAAGCGAAAAGGCCAAGAAUUAUAGUAUUCUAUCUUUCAGCAAAGCACUGCCCCUACAAAUCCAUCCAGAUCUGAAGCUUGCCGCACAACUGAACAAAGAACACCCCGAAGAGUUUGGCGACACAAUGCACAAGCCAGAGAUCGCAAUUGCACUCUCCAAAUUCGAGCUCUUCGCCGGCUGGAAACCCCUGAAAGACAUCGAAGCGCUAUUCAAGCUGAACCAUCUGGCGAAAUACAUCCCCAAAUCAGGAGAAUUCAACGACGAGACCCUACGCCAAGUAUGCAAGGCUCUACUCAGCGCGCCGGCAAAGGAAGUCGAACAGACCAGUAAAGACCUACAAGCCAUUCCGGAAUCCCAAUUCGGCGCAUACACCUACAUCCCCGGCCUACUGGCCCGUCUGGCAAAGCAAUACGGCGAAGGGGAUAACGGAAACCUGGUCUCCGCCCUGCUGAUGAACUACAUGACGCUGGGACCGGGAGAUUCCGUCUUCGUCCCCGCAGACAGCAUCCACGCCUACCUGGAAGGUGAUAUCGUGGAGUGUAUGGCGCGGUCAGACAACGUCAUCAACACGGGGUUCUGUCCGGCUGCAGAGCGCGACAGCGUCGAGUUGUUCGGACAGGCUCUUACCUUUGUACCGCAUAAUUCGCAGGAUGCGCUGCUGCCGCGUAGGAAGAGUGACAAGGGCAUGCAUGGCAUGACGGAUGUCUACGCACCGCCUAUCAGUGAAUUCUCGGUAUUGUGUACUACCCUUGGCGCUGGGGAGAAUGAGACGCACAAGGCCAUUCUUGGGCCCAGUCUGAUGAUUGUUACCAAGGGUUGUGGUCAGAUGAAAUUCCCUGGUAAUCAGACCGCCGAGCUAAAGGAGGGAUAUGUUUUCUUUGUGGGGCAGGGUAUUGCGUUGGAUUUUGUGACUGACAAGGGCAUGGCUCUUUAUCGGGCGUAUGCGGAGUAA